AUGCUCAGACUCAUCCAUCCAUGAGCGAGCAAAGCAUGGAAGAAUCCUUUUUUGUAAAAGAGCCAAAUUUUUUUAUUGAGAUAAAAGUGAUAAUUAUUGUAAUGAAAUCUCUAUCUAAUUAUAUUAAAUUAAAAACAGUUUGCGCGUUAUAACAUAAAUUUUAUAAAUUAAAUUAAUUUUUUGGUUUUCGAAAAAAGGUAUUAAUAUCAAUUUAAAAAUAAUGAAAAUAAAAAAUUACUUUGUUCUCUCUCACAAAGGAGGGAAGCUAGAGGUAGAAGUGGGGAAAAAUCAGACUCAAAAAAUAGGCUGGGUAAUGCAGCUCAGCAGAUUCUUACUAACAGCACAAAUUUAAGAGAAAACUCUUCUUCAGAGGGAUAUAGAAGGCAGCCAGAUCUACAGUUGAGAAUUGAAGAGCUUAUUUAUGAUAAUCAGCAAAAAGAUAUUACCAUAGCAGCUCUGCAAAGGAAUUAUGAAGGAAUUAGCAGAGUUUUUAAAGAAGAAAAAGGAAAGGCAGGAGAAUGGUCUGAAAAAAUCGGAAACUUAGAAAAAGAAAACACUGCAUUGAAAGCCAGGAUCCAAACUUUUGAAAGCCAAAAGCAAAAAAUCGCACAGGAACUCGAAAAAACUCAAGAAGAGCUGGCGAAAGUUUUGAAAUUUUAUGAAGAAUCGAAAGGGUUUAAAGCAGAAAAUUUAGGACUUAAACAGCUGUUAGAAAAAAGGGUAAAAUUUAUUUAGAAAAAGGAAGUUGACGAAAGCAAUUAUAAGCUUGAAAUAUUAAAAAACGAAAAUGAAGUCUUAAGGAAAACUAAAGCAGAAAUUGAAGCAAAUUUUAAAAAAGUUAAAGCAGAUUUUGAUACAGUAAAUAGAGAUAAAGAAAUUUUAGCUGAUGACUCUAGAGUUCUUAAAGAACAAGUAGAAAGAUUAAGCUCUGAAACUUUUGAGAAAGAAAAUCUACUGCAAAAGUUUAGAUUUGAAAUUACAAAUUUUAACGAAAAAGAGAUUACGAACAGCCAAAUUAUUGCAAAUCUAAGAAAAGAGCUGAGUGAUGAAAAGUCUGAGCUUUUAUCUACAAGAAACAAAAUGAGAGAGUUAUAUCAGCAUUUUCAAGAGCUUAAAAAGCAGCAUGAUUCUAAAGAAACUUUGCUAAAAGCUACAUUUAAUUCGGAAAUAGAUUUAAAUGUAAAGCUGACUUCUCUGCAAGAAACGUUAACUGAAAAAGAGAUAGAAAUAGAAAAAUUGAAAAAUGACAGAGAAAAUCUUACCCAAAGCUUAGCUGAGAACAAUAUCAAAAUAAAUAAUACAGAAAGAGACUUAGAAAUUACAAAAAAUUUAUUAAAUGCCGCAAUUAGUACCUCUGAGCAAAAAGAAAAAGAUCUAAAAAAUGAAAUCAAAAAAUUAGCUGAGGGAAUAGAAGAAUUCAAAAAUAAAAGUUAUGCUUUAGAAAAAGAACUCAAUUUAACAAGAAAUGAUAAAGAAAUAAGAGAAAGAAGCCUAACUAGCGAUGCUAAAAAGGCAGAGCAGCUUUUAAAGGAUGAGCUAAUCGCGAAAUCUAUAGAAAUCAGCAAACUUACUAAAGAAUCAACAAACUUUAAGCAAAUUAUUGAAGGAUUGUCUAAAGAAAACAGUCUUUUAUCCUCCUCGAAAAAAGCUUUGGAAGCUUCAAUAUUAAAGUUGCAAGAAGAUUUAAAUUUAAUUGAUACCCAAAGGUCACAGUAUCAAAAUUUAUUAUCAAAUCAAUCCCAAUACACCAAAGAUAUUGAAUCCCAGCUCAUAGAAAAAUCAAAGCAAGCUGUAGAAUUAGAUGAAAAACGCAAAUUGGCAAUUUCUUUGCAAGAAGAGCUAGAUACCAUCAUGGAUCUCAAUAGAAAAUUAAACACAGAAAACAACCAAUUUAAACUUGAAAUAGACCUCACUCAAAAAGAAAUGCAAAAGCAAAACUCGAGGGUAGAAAACCUCUGCAGUGAGGUUGAAACUCUUCAGCAAGAAAUAAAAAACUAUAAAAAGCAGGUUUCUGGGCUAGAAGUCUCAAAUUUUAAUCUUCAAGAACUUGUUUCCAAAGCUGAGAAAAGCUUACUCUUCCACCAUUUAUAUUUUUUUAAAUUCUGGCGCACUUUUUAAAUUAAUUUAAAAAAUAAUUAUUCUAAUAAAAGAUAAACCUUAUUCAAUAGGGUGAAUUUAGCAAUUAACGACAAGUCAAUGUCACAAAUCCAAAUCCUUCAAUCCCAACUAUUAUCAAUCACAUCUGAAAAAGAUUCAAUAAACAAAGCCAAAUCUCUACUAGAAACUGAGCUCCUUCAAAGGGUCUCAGAAAUCAGCAGAUUAAAAAAACAGAUUUCAGAAGAACAAAACAACGCCAAAAGUACUGGAGAAAGCAACAUAGCCCUCUUACAAAGAAUAGAACAGCUGAGAUCCGAACUAGAAAAAUACAGACCUUCUGAAUUAGACACACAAAGGGCUAUAAAAUCAUUGCAAGAAAGAGAAAGGCAGCUCGGAAAAGGACUAGAAAGAAUGGAGCACGCUUUACACUCGAUGGAAACCAAUUUAAGCUGCCAUUCUUGCUUUAAUUUAUUGGAAGAUGCAUUAAUGUGCCUCCCAUGUGGACACGUAAGCUGUGGAAAAUGCAAGCCGCCAAAUGAGGAAGAUUGUCCUCAAUGCCAAGGAAUAAUCAAUAGGACUAUUUCUGUGCCUUCAUUUAGCGAAAUUGCAGGGAAACUCAUAUAUGAAAAACAAGCAUUGGAAGAUAUGAAAAAUUUAUUAUCUGUAAGCUAA